GACAACAUAAGAUCCCGUAAAAACUCAACAAACGUUGAUACAAAAUCAUGAAUGUUGAUGAAGAGAUUGAGCAACUAAAACAAGAAAUCAAACGAUUAGGCCGCAAACAAACCGAUGGAUCCUACAAGGUGACAUUCGGCAUGCUGUUCCACGACGACAGGUGUGCAAACAUUUUCGAAGCACUAGUCGGGACACUGAGAGCAGCCAAGAAACGCAAAGUAUUGACAUAUGAUGGAGAAUUGCUGCUGCAGGGUGUCCAUGAUAAUGUUGAAAUUACACUCAAAUCGACCCCAUAAGCAGCAUGAUUUAUCAUAAC